AUGGCUUCUUUAUUAGAUCCAUGUUUUAAAACAUUGGAUUUUGUAAAAUCUGAAGAUGAAAAAAUAAGAAUAAUUCAAAAACUUUAUAAUGAACUUGAUCCAAAUAAUUUAUUACCUGUAGAAUUAUCUAGUUCAACUAUACCUUUAACAAAUGAUACAGAAUUUUUAUUACAUUUAUAUAAGGAAUAUCAUCAAUAUUCUAUAUUAGAAAAUAUAAAUCCAUUAGAAUGGUGA